AUAGAGGCCCAUUCAGAUUCAAGGGCUUGUGCCAUUAAGGCACCUUUAAAACGUUUUGCCCUGUUGGCCUUCAGAUGAAACCUUAUCUGGCUGACUAGUCUGAGGAAGUUCCAAACUCCACAGGUGCCUUUGGGAGGACUGUUGGAAGUCAAUCAGUUGGGGAGCUGUCUUGACGGUGCUCAGUUUGAGCUCCAAUCCAGAGAGACAUAAUGUACGGGCUGCUGUGUGAGAGUCUUCACGACUUCAUCAAGGAGUCUUAUGGAGACGAUGUGUGGAAGCUGGUCAGAGAAAGAGCCGAUGUCAGGUUGCACUCUUUUGUCACCCACCAGGUGUAUAGUGAGAGUGUGAUUCCUCGGAUUGCAAAGGCAGCCAGUGGAGUGACAGGGACGCCCUACAAUGAGCUGAUGAACUCCUGGGGUGUCUACUUCCUGGGCUUUGUUGGAAAGUACGGCUAUGACAGGAUCCUCAAGGUGCUGGGCCGUCAUGUACGUGACUUUGUCAACGGCCUUGAUAACCUCCACGAGUACCUGCGCUUCAGCUACCCCAAGGUGCAGCCUCCAACCUUCUUCUGCCAGGAGGAGUCAGCCACUGGAGUCACCCUGCACUACAGGAGUAAGCGCAAAGGCUAUCUGCACUACGCCAUGGGUCAGCUCAGGCAGAUGGGGAAACAGUUCUAUGACACCGACAUCCAUGUGGAGGUGCUGUCUGAGCAGAUGGUCGGAGACUACUCCCAUGUCACCAUGAGGCUGAACUUUGACAACUCAGCCUACCGCUACAUCAUGAAGGAGGAUGAGGAGGAGCAGGAGAUUCUGCCCAUCACCUCAGACUUCUUCUUUGAGGUCUUCCCCUUUAACAUCGUCUUCAGACAGGACAUGGUGGUGCAUAAUGUUGGCUCAGGCCUGGCUACUGUCUUCCCUGAUCUGGAUGGGAAGAAGAUCAAUGAUGCCUUUUUGCUGGCUCGCCCCCUAGUGGAGUUCACCUGGAACAUGAUCAUCUCCCACCCCAACAACCUGUUUGAGAUCAUGUCCAAGGAGCCUGUGAAGAGAGAGAGGAACCUUCACAACCGAGUCCAGAGUAAGAGGGGGAGCCAUGCAAACACUCGCAGGGAUUCAGACUAUGAAAAUGCCAAUCGCUCUGCUGACGUAGACGUGGAGCUCAUGGCUUUCCAGUCCAUCAUUGGAGAUGAUUACAAAGACGGUAACAGUGCUAAUGCGAUGGAGAGCUGGGGCGAUGGGAGCCGCUGCCUGAAACUAAAAGGACAAAUGAGAUACAUGCCAGAGUGGGAGUCUAUCAUCUUUCUGGGAACCCCUGUGAUGGAGAGUCUCAGUGCCAUGUUUAAGACUGGCCUAUACAUCAACGACCUGAGCAUGCAUGACUCCAGCAGAGACCUGGUGCUGGCGGGCACACAGCAGUCAGAGGAGCUGAAGAGAGCUCUCAUACAGGAGCAGAAGAAGUCCAGUAAGCUGGAGGAGAGCAUGAAGAUGUUGGACUAUGAGAUGAAGAAGACCGAUGACCUCCUGUACAGGAUGAUUCCCAAGCCGGUGGCUAAAAGGCUGCGCAAAGGAGAGCCAGCUGUGAACACUUGUGAGGUGUUCCCAGAUGUGACCAUUCUCUUCAGCGAUGUCGUGGGAUUUACUCGCAUUUGCAGCCACAUCACUCCAAUGCAGGUGGUCUCCAUGCUCAACACUAUGUACACGCUGUUUGACACGCUCAGCGAGAAGCACCGCGUCUUCAAGGUGGAGACGAUUGGAGACGCCUACAUGGUGGUAGCCGGGGCUCCGGAGAAGACAAAGUAUCACGCUCACAACAUCUGCGACAUGGCCCUGGACAUGGUGCGCUCCAUUGAUCACCUUAAGGACCCCUCGAAUGGCAACAACAUACAGAUUCGUGUUGGGAUCCACUCUGGGAUGGUGGUGGCAGGUGUGGUGGGACACAAGAUGCCACGUUACGGUCUGCACGGUGACACGGUCCACACUGCGUCUGCCAUGGAGAGCAACGGAAAGGAGAUGCACAUUCAGCUAAGCAGCGCCACCUACGAGCACCUGAAAGGAAGUCAUUUUAUUUUCGAAAGGAGGGGCACCAUUACCAUCAAGGGGAAUGUUGAAAUUGAGACCUACUGGCUGAAAGGAAAGAGGGACAAAGACGGGAACGCUCAGGCGGCGUGUCCUCAAUUUGAGACUCAAACCAUCAGCAAGGCCAAUAUCUCAGGCCCUGAGGCCCCAGGAGAUGAGGAGGGCCUGGUGUUCCCACUGGUGGCGGGAGAGGACGAGGAUGAUGUCAAGUCUAUUCGCUCUCAUCGUAUCAAGAUGGAGAUUUCAGGUCAUUCUCUGGAGGAGUCGAUGGAGGAGUGCCGGAUGGAGGAGAUGUCCGUUAAUAAGUCCCACUUAAAGGAUGCUUUGCAGGACGGCCUUCAGGACCCUCACCUGGAACUGGACUCACCUGUGUCUGACGGCAGAGACUCCAUCAUGGACUCCCGUGCCAGCUCCUGCGACUCCCGCUGCUCCAAGAGUGCCACGUGCUCCGUGUCAUGAACCAGACAGGCGCUAGCUGAUGCUAUAGGCAGGGAAUUUAUUUGUGUGACUGUUUCUAAAGCGCUGUUUGUACAGCUCAGUAAAUGUUACGCCAGACAGGGAUGUCAUUUUUACUGUUAUUUUGGCACUCUUGUGGUGAUGCCUUGACAGUCUCUAAUGGUGUAUUGUUUGUACAUGGCCUAGACUGUAAUGCUUGAUAUUUCUAGUGGCCUUGUGUGGUGUUAUGUUGCUCAGCAAAAAACAUCAGGUCUUAUUUAGUUCAGAGAACACAAAAAUAAAUCGCAGCUAUCAGUGUGAAAAUCACACUCAGAUCAAUUAGCAGAGUAGUCUCCUCUUUAAUUAAUACCUCACAUUGGGUGAUUCAAGGCUAAAACUUUGUACCCACUGUAUAACAUGAUUUAAUACCAAAAAGUGGUCACUGCCACGCGGUUCAGCUGCACACCAGCUCAGUAAUUUCCUGUUUGUUCUGCUGCACCUUGUAGAUUUGACAUCUUAUUUUAUCCUUUGGAUAAAUCCCUCUGUAUCUCUCCUCUGUCCCUCUCCCUCCUCCCUCCUUCAUCCUGCACGUCUGGAUUCAUUGUUCUAUAUCAGUCUUGUCAAACACACAGCCACGGCACAAUGUAAACGCUUGUCAGCUCAGUGAAAAUAAAGCAAGAUGACUGCUGAGCCGUGCGUGGAU